GAUCCCGGAGCUCGCGCUGCUGCUAUCGGACAUUUAACUGAAGACAAGAUAAGAUUACAAAAUAGAACAGAUCUUGGAAGGGUGUAGGAUAACAAUGUGUUUGUUAUCGGUGUGCAAGGUUAACGAUUAGUUAAUUGAUCAGUGGCCAGUGGUGAGUUAGGACCGACAUGCGUGCGUCGGGGACCUUGUGGCUGGCAUUGCUGCUGGCAGGCAUAAAUGGAUCUGAUAUAGAACCCCAACUUUUCGAUGAAGGACAUUUUGUAGAAAUUACUGUGAUUACAUUUCCAAAUACGGCGUCAACAUGCUACCUUGUAACUCCAUCGAAUACCAACAUCGAUUUACUGGCAAGUGAAACACUUUCUGAUAAAUAUGAGUACCUUACUAAUAGUCUCUCUACGUGUAGAGUAAGAAUAAAUGAUCUAGAUGAAAAUGAUGAAGGGUUGUGGUCUCUGCAUGCUGGUAUACCAUCUGAAGAUGGCGAGGUGAACGAAUUAAUGGAACAAGUUCACGUAACAAUAAGAGGAAGCGAUGCGUCUAAGGAAACUGUUAACUCCGAAGAAACAGUUACUUCGGAAGAGAAUUCUAAACUAUCAGCAGAAGAGACUGCCACUUCAGAAGAGACUUCUGAAGAUCAUAAUGAUGCUUCAUCGGAAAAUUCGGAAGCAACGUCACAAGAAUCUUCAGAAGUUUCAAGUUCUGAAGAAGAAAAGGUUGUUGAAACACAAUGGCCGAGCGACUUACAAUUUAGAACGAGAACUGGGUUAGAUGUUGACAUAAACUUGCCAAGGACCAUGAAUUCUGAAACAUGUACAUUGACGAAACCAGAUGGUACGACCGUAGAUGUUGGAGACCAAAUAGCUGGAGUUACAGCACACAGCAGUUCCCACUACGUCUCGUGCAGGGUAGUGGUUGGGCCUAUGGAUUCUUCACUGCUCGGAAAAUGGACUCUAUGUGGAUCCUACGAGGAAAACAACGUAGAACACAGACGUUGCCAGAAUGCUGAAAUAAUUUGGAGAAGUUCUGCAAACCCUGACUCCAUGUGGCAGACGACAAUCCAUGCUAUAUUUAAUCACGUAGUCAACUUUGGCAGUACCAUGACUCCUGCUGUACGCGGCUCUGGCUCGGUAGUCUCCUGCCAUUUGGUGACUCCUAAUGACGAGGACUUGUUCGUUACCCGGGACAGGGAGUAUCCCGACGUCCAGUUGGCUCAGGACACGGAUUCUACCUGCAGUAUCGCUAUCGGGCCGUUAGUGGAAGCGCAUUUGGCAAAUUGGACCGUUUAUGGGACCUUUGAUUCCUCUUUGUGGGGAUACAAUGAAGUUCGUCAGCCUAUUAAUAUGGAGUUAUACGAUGAAAACAACCCAUACGAUCAAGCAUACAACGUAACAACAUUGAACCCCACCCAGCAUGUUGUCAACUUGGGCAGCACUAUCUUCUUGGAGGUGGCAGGCACUGGUGACGUGGACGUCUGCCAGUUCACCAUGCCAUCCGGACUGUCGUACUGGUCUUCAAGAUCCAUGCCGACUGGAGCAUACUUCGUUGAUCUCAACAGGGUAGCUUGCAGGCUAUCCGUUGGACCUAUAACAGACAAUAUGAUCGGAGACUGGGAACUUAUCGGGAAGUUCAGUAAUCGCGGUGUGCAUACAGAGAACAGACUUUCGUUUACUAUCAUACAAGAAGAUCCAAGCAACCCCAUAGAAGAAGAUAGAACAGUAGAAAACCUGAACGAACAAUUCAUUGACACCAGCAUUGGUGCAAGCCACCGAGUUACAAUAGCUUCAGAAAUCUUCACAACCUUCCAAAGCUGCCACAUUAGAACUCCAGAAGGUCUCCAGUACACUAUCAUGGAAGGCUUCCAUAUCCCUGGAGUUGAAGUGGUGACGUCAUCUAGUAUCAAUUGUGGCGUCACUAUUGAAGUGUCUGAGGAUCUGAUCGGGACUUGGACUCUCAUAUCCCGGGAAAUUAGAAGCUCCGUGGCCAUUGAAAAGCGCCUGCCAUUCAUUAUUUACGUGGAAGAGCCCGCGGAAGCCGUAAUUAAUGAAAUAACCAUCACAGAAGGCAAUUCCAUCCACGUCCGUUUGGCCAACCCCACUGAGCUCUACGACACUUGCAGGUUAAAGGACCCUAAUGAUGAAGAGCCUGCAUUGUUUAGUCUCGACGACGACCAUACGGAGGCCUGUGGGUUCGUGGUGCCCUCGGUGGAUGCCAGCCAUACUGGGACCUGGAACAUCGUUUAUGGGAAAACGAUCAUCUAUAAAGCCCCGGUGCUGGUGCAUGUUAAUGCUAGAGAAAACCCGGACACGUUACACUUGACCUUGGUGGAACACGCCUCCGUGAACAUGACAAUCGGACCUGAAGAAGCGGUCUACUGCAAAGUGACAAGCCCCGAGGGAGACGUGGUGUUCGAUGGCUUCGGGAGAUGUCGGGUGGCUUUGAACCGCGUGUUUAAGGACGAGCAUGAAGGCGACUGGACCAUGAUGGUGGGGAUGCCUGGACGGAUUGUGACGGAGACACACUCGUUGCUUGUGAGUGUAACGGCGGCAGAUGCAAAGCCGGAAGUCUCGUCCCACGUUUCGGUCAACAAACCAACAGUAGAGCUGACUUGUUCAGUGACAAGCUCGCAGCAGGUAACCGGCUGUCUGUUCCGUAAUCCGGCACUACAUGAAGUUCUCGUGGCCAAUCCAGGUGUUAGUGAAGGCCGCUACGUCUUCCACGUCAACCAGACCAGCAUCGAGUCCGAAUACUACUACAGCUGCAGUCUCCAGAUCACCGAGCCGGUGACUUCAGACCUGGGCCUGUGGCGGUGUGACCUGGAGUCUGUGGAGGAGAACUACUACGGCUUCCUCACCGUGCUCUGCCCGUGGGCCAUGCAGGAUCCUGUUGUCGCUGAGUCUGUUGUGGCAGAGCCCGUGCUGGUGGCGCAGGCUAAGUCACUGUCAGUUGAGGAGCAAGAGCCGGCUAGUCUGGCGUGCUCGGCGCGGGCGCCGCUCCGAUACUGCUACUUCAGGGCCCCCAAUGGAACCGUCUUUAAUCUCGGACCUGGCAUGUCAUCACCAACCAUGGAGUAUGUAGGCGCUGGCUUAGACGCCGGCGAGUGCGGCGUGCGGUUCCAGAGUCUGCUGCACAGCGAUGCCGGCGAAUGGUCGUGCCACGCCAGCAUCAACGGACAGGAGCAGAGCCAAAGCAUUUACGUCGUGGUGAACGAAGAAAUGAGUGUAUCGAGCAAGAUCGACUAUGACAGUUGGGUGGUGAUCGAAGGCCAAGUCGCUUGGAACCGGGAACUAGAGUAUUGCCGCUUCGUCCGCUUUGAUGGGUUUGGUUUCUCAUCAAUCGACAAUGUACAAUCCCCCUCUUACCUGGACGAGAGCAGUUCCUCAACAGGCAUCUGCAGGAUACGCGUGGCUUUAACUCGUGAAAACCUGCAGCCGUGGACCGUGGUCGCCAAGCUAGAGGGCAGAGACGGAGAGAUCUCUCGCGUGGCGGUCCUCAACUGGCCUGAACCUACUCCUCCGAGAUACUGUAAGCAUGAAUUAAAACUAGAACAGAUCUUCAACAGGUUCGUGCAGGAUCAAAUUACAUACCGAUUACUUUCGGAAACGCUAAGCUGAAGAGUUUGUGGCGAA